CACAGUCUGAAACAGAGCUUGCCAGGAUCGUGCCCCCGCUGCUGCUUGGAGCCAUGAAAUCCCUGAUCUCUUGGGUCUCUAUCCGGCAAGUCCUCUUGAUCUUCCUCUACCUGCUGGCUGUCCUGGGCAUCGCCCCCUUCCUACAGCUGCAGAGCCAGUCCCCCCGCCAGGGGCAGAGGAUCCUCUCUCCCAGUGACCCACAGCAACUCCCAUCCACGGAGCAUGGCAUGUGGACCGUGAAAUCUGCCGGGCGCCUGGGGAACCAGAUGGGGGAAUACGCCACCCUCUACGCCCUGGCCAAGAUGAACGGGCGCCAGGCCUACAUCCUCCCGGAGAUGCACCAGCAGCUGGCGCCGCUCUUCCGCAUCACCCUGCCCGUGCUCUCCAGCGACGUGGUCCAGGACAUCCCGUGGAAGGACUAUGAGCUCCAUGACUGGAUGUCGGAGGAGUACAGGCACAUCGAGGGGAAAUACGUCCGGCUCACGGGCUACCCCUGCUCCUGGACCUUCUACCACCACCUCCGGCAGGAGAUCCUCCAGGAAUUCUCCUUCCACGACCACGUCAAGGAGGAGGCCAACCGGUACCUGGCUGGGCUGCGCGGGCAGCGCCGGAACGUGACCUACGUGGGCAUCCACGUCCGGAGGGGGGACUACGUCCAGGUGAUGCCUGAGCACUGGAAGGGGGUGGUGGCGGACAAGGCCUACCUGGAGAAGGCCAUGGGCUACUUCCGGGCCAAGUACCAGGAGCUGGUCUUCGUGGUGACCAGCAACGGGAUGGAGUGGUGCCGGGAGAACAUCGACGCCUCGCGGGGGGACGUGUAUUUCUCGGGGGAUGGGAUGGAGUCAUCGCCGGGGAGGGACUUUGCUCUCUUGGUCCAUUGCAACCACACGAUCAUGACCAUCGGGACCUUCGGCAUCUGGGCCGGUUACCUGGCUGGGGGGGAGACCAUCUACUUGGCCAACUACACCCUCCCCGACUCUCCCUUCCUUGAGAUCUUCAAGCCUGAGGCCGCCUUCCUGCCCGAGUGGAUCGGGAUCGACGCCGAUCUCUCCCCGCUGCGCAGUGGGACAUCUGGCUAAAGGAGCUCAGCUGGUGGCUAUGGACUGCAAACAGGAUCCACCCGCCCGAGUGGGCUGCGCUGGUGAGAUCGGC